AUGGUUCGCUGGUACCCCCCUCCACUCGGCACCUUCAAACUCAACUUCGACGGCUCCAGUAAAUCUUCUUCAGCAGCAGCAGGAAUCAUCAUCCGUAAUAAUGAAGGAAUUUCAAUUUCAGCAUGUACUUUUAAUCUUGGUCAAACUCAAGCCUUCAUGGCUGAAGCCAUCGCUCUCCACAAAGGUCUACAAGAAGCUAGGCGUCUUCAGAUCGAUAAUCUCCUUAUCGAAGGUGAUAAUCUUCUUAUCAUUAAUGCAGUUAAAGGGGUGUGGUCUACUCCUUGGAAGAUCAGUAACAUUAUUUCUGAUAUCAAACAUCUCCUCACCCUCUUUACCACGUGGGAUAUCAAGCACAUUUUCAGAGAAGCAAAUUCGGCUGCAGAUUGGAUAGCGAAUGUCGGUCACCUAAUUGUUGGAAAUAUGUAUAUAGAUCCUACUAAUAGCCAGAGAUUAGCUACUAUCUUGUGUAAUGAUUACUCAGGAGUGACUCUCGUGCGGAGAGGCUCCUAA